AUGUCUGCCCGUUCUCUGUCCAUCGAUUCCGUCUCGCAAAAGAUGUUGAGCCUCGCUUGGCAAGACAAGCCGACCAUUAACAUCUCACUAAAAGGCGAGCACGGCACGCGCGGUGGAUACAUGACUUCCUUCUCGACCAUGGACCAGAUCGAGGGCGAGGUCUUCAUCACCUGCGGAAAAGACACCAGAUUCGACGACCUGGAGAUUGCCUUUGUUGGCACGGCCACGACCUGCAACGACCGCUUCACGGCCAACGCCUCGCUGGCAGCCAACACCAUAACAGCAACCCACCACUUCCUCAAGCUGCGGCAGCCAAUCCCGGACGCCGCGCUCCCGCAACCCCGCGUCAUCGAAGCCGGCCGCACAUACCGCUUCCCAUUCACCUUUGUCGUCCCGGCCCAUCUCCUCCCCUUGGCCUGCCAAAACGCAGCCAAUGACCAGGUCCGCGCCGCCCAUCUCCAGCUCCCCCCAAGCAUGGGCGAGGGGCCCAUCCCCUCCAGCCCGUCGGGCAAACCGCUCGACGACCUCGCGCCCGAGGGCGCCCGCAUCUCGUACGCGGUGCGCGCGACGCUGGGGCGCUCGUCCGCCACUAGCAGCGGGAAGAGCGAGAUGCUGGCGCAAAAAGCGAAGGCGGUGCGCGUGAAGCCCGCGUUUGAGGAGCAGCCGCCACUAGCGGUUGACCAGCCCGUGCUGCCCUCCUCCAACUGCGCCAACGGCACUUGCUGUACGACCCCGCGCUGCGCCCCGCAGGAAUACCGCCUCCACGCCGAGAAGACGAUCCGCAAGGGGCUGUUCCAGACGCGGACCGGCAAGCUCUCCGUCGCCGCCGCCCAGCCACGCAGCUUCCACCUGCCAUCGCCGGGGUCCAGCUCAGCGAGCACGCCCAACGCGCCCAUCUCGACUUCCGUGCGCGUGACGCUGCGCUUCGACCCCGCGGGCCCGGACGCCCUGCCCCCGAAGCUGGGGCACCUGGCUGCGCGCCUCAAGAUCCAGACGUUCCAUACCUCGACGCCGCGCGCGGGGUUCCCGUCCAAGGAGGCGCUGUGGAUGGACCCCGCCGUCGCGGCGUGGGGCGUCAUGGUCCCCCUUGAGAAACGCGAUGUGGGCGGCUUGCAGUGGCUCAAGCGCUGCGAGGGCGCGCCGCCGUGUCCGCUGCGCAGGGAUUCGGGCAUUAGCGAUUGCUCGCGCUCGUCGUCUACGUCUUCUUCUUCCUCUACGCCUUUCAUCCCCUCUCCUUCCUCCUCUUUCUCCUCCCCUUCAAACCUCUCUCCAUCAAACUCAUCCCCCUCAAAUCCCUCCCCCUCAAAAACACACCUCUCCCCCACCCCCAACUCCAACCACUACUACACCGCCACGCUCCUCAUCCCCCUAACCCUCCCCUCCUCCCGCUCCUUCGUCCCAACCUUCCACUCCUGCCUCAUCAGCCGCACCUACAGACUCGACCUCUCGCUGUCACUACCAGGCGCGACAUCUGUGCUCCCCGCCAGUGCGGUGACGGUCAAGCUGCCUGUGCAGGUUAGCGCGGCUGGAAGUGUGGCGGGCGUGGCGGAGGCGGAGAGACGGCGUAGUUCUGCUGCUGCUGGUGUGGCGGCGGGUGAGUUGGUGGGGUAUGAUGGGGCGGUGGGUGCAGGUGGGUUGGGUGUGGGGAGUGCGUUGGAGGGGCUGGAUGGGUAUGCUGGUGGAGGUGAGGGGUUGGAGGGGCUAGUGGAUGAAGGCGUCGAUGUGGCCGAGAGCGCUGUAUCGCCGCACCAACAACAACAACAACAACAACAACAACAACAAGAUCUCCCACCGCCGCCUGCGCCGCCGGGCUACGAGGCCCGUGGCUCGGUCGCGGUUGCGGUUGCGGUGUGA